AUGUCAAUGUUCUUCCAAUUUGGGGCUUCCAUUCAACAACAAGCACUCCUCAUGCUCGACAUUAUGAAGGAAUAUGAUUGGCAUGUGUUUACGAUUGUCACCAGCCACUUUCCAGGAUACCAGGACUUCAUAGCAUACAUUAAAAACAUUGUCGAACAUAGCUUUGUUGGCUGGGACCUUAUGAAUGUGAUCACACUUGAUGCUGUGGAUGGUGAUUCCAAGGCUCAAAUCCAGCUGAAGAAAAUCCAGUCUGCGGUAAUUUUACUAUAUUGCUCUAAAGAUGAAGCAGUUUAUAUUUUAGAUGAAGCUCAGUCUUUGGGUUUGACUGGCUAUGGUUAUACUUGGAUAGUACCCAGCCUGGUGACAGGCAACACUGAUCUGACCCCAGAGGAAUUUCCCCCUGGUAUGAUUUCUGUCUCAUAUGAUGAGUGGGAUUACACCUUGGAAGGGCGAGUGAGGGACUCACUUGGGAUUAUUACUACCGCUGCGUCAGAAAUGCUCAAACAUUACAGUUUCAUUCCGGAAGCCAAAACAAGCUGCUAUGGUCAACUGGAAAGAAAUGAGCUACCUUCUCAUACGUUACACAAAUUUAUGAUGAAUGUGACCUGGGAUGGGAAGGAUUUGUCCUUCACAGAGGACGGGUACCAGUUGAACCCAAGAUUGAUUGUCAUUGUUCUGAACAAGGACCAGGAAUGGGAGAAGGUGGGGAAAUGGGAGAAUAGCACCCUGACUCUGAAAUACCCUGUUUGGCCCAGGUUUGGAUCAUUUUCAGACGGUGAUGUAGAUGAUAACCACAUCAGCAUCGUUACCUUGGAGGAGGCCCCAUUUGUUAUUGUGGAAAAUGUGGACGAUCUGACAGGAACUUGCGUCAGGAACAGCAUACCAUGUCGCAAGCAAAUGAAGUUGUCUAAUACAACAAAUGAAGGGACCUUCAUGAAGAAAUGCUGCAAGGGAUUCUGCAUUGAUAUCCUGAAAAAGUUGGCGAGGACUGUAAAGUUCACCUAUGACCUCUAUUUGGUGACCAAUGGGAAGCAUGGCAAAAAAAUCAACAAUGUGUGGAAUGGAAUGAUUGGAGAAGUAGUUUACAAACGGGCAGCGAUGGCUGUUGGCUCCCUUACAAUAAACGAAGAACGUUCUGAGGUAGUCGAUUUCUCAGUUCCAUUCGUUGAGACUGGAAUAAGUGUAAUGGUGUCAAGAAGCAACGGAACGGUCUCUCCGUCGGCUUUCUUAGAACCGUUUAGUGCUUCCGUGUGGGUGAUGAUGUUUGUUAUGCUGCUCAUCGUGUCUGCCGUUGCUGUCUUUGUAUUUGAGUACUUUAGUCCCGUAGGAUAUAACAGGUGUUUAGCAAAAGGAAAAGCACCCCAUGGCCCUUCAUUUACAAUUGGAAAAGCAAUAUGGCUUCUGUGGGGCCUGGUCUUCAAUAACUCUGUACCUGUGCAGAACCCAAAAGGAACAACUAGCAAAAUCAUGGUCUCAGUCUGGGCCUUUUUCGCCGUCAUCUUCCUGGCCAGUUAUACUGCCAACUUGGCGGCCUUCAUGAUCCAGGAGGAAUUUGUGGAUCAAGUGACUGGAUUAAGUGAUAAAAAGUUUCAGAGGCCUUAUGAUUAUUCACCACCAUUUCGCUUUGGAACAGUCCCAAAUGGCAGUACAGAGAGAAACAUCCGGAAUAACUACCCCGACAUGCACCAGUAUAUGGUAAAAUACAAUCAGAAAGGAGUACUUGAUGCUCUGGUCAGCUUAAAGUCUGGAAAACUGGAUGCAUUUAUCUAUGAUGCUGCAGUCCUGAACUACAUGGCUGGACGAGAUGAGGGGUGUAAGCUCGUAACGAUUGGGAGUGGGUAUAUAUUUGCUACCACAGGAUAUGGAAUUGCUCUACAGAAAGGCUCCCCUUGGAAACGACAGAUAGACUUGGCACUUCUGCAGUUUGUUGGUGAUGGUGAGAUGGAGGAACUGGAAGCUCAAUGGCUGACCGGGAUCUGCCACAAUGAGAAGAAUGAGGUCAUGAGCAGUCAGCUGGACAUUGACAACAUGGCGGGUGUCUUCUAUAUGCUGGCUGCAGCCAUGGCCCUCAGCUUAAUCACCUUCGUCUGUGAGCAUUUGUUUUACUGGAGACUUAGAUACUGCUUCACUGGGGUAUGCUCGGGAAAACCAGGACUUGUGUUUAGCAUAAGUAGGGAGAUAUAUAGCUGCAUUCAUGGAGUUCACAUUGAAGAAAAAAAGAAAUCACCUGACUUUACUUUUGGCAGUCCACAGGCUAAUAUGUUGAGACUUCUUAGAACAGCCAAGAAUAUGGCCAACAUUUCAAAUCUAAACACUUCAAGGGCAAACUCCCCUAAGCGACCUGAAGAUUUCAUUCAGAGAGGAUCGUUAGUCAUGGAUGUGGCUCCUGAUAAAGGAAAUCUAAUAUAUGCAGACAAUCGCUCCUUUCAGACAAAGGAAUCUGUGUAUGGAGAUAAUAUUAGUGAAAUACCAUCACAUAGUACUAGCCGUCACAAGGAUAAUUUGAACAAUUAUGUGUUUCAGGGACAGCACCCUCUAACUCUAAAUGAAUCUAAUCCAAAUACAGUUGAAGUAGCUGUUUCCGAAGACACAAAAGUCAACUCCAAAUCAAGACAGCUGUGGAAGAAGUCAGUGGAAACAUUGCGACAAAACCCAGAAAAUACAAAAGAGAAUUCCACUGAAGAAAGAAGACAGUCGAUUAAAAACCAGAGAUACCUUCCUGAAGAGGUGGCCCAUUCGGAUGUCUCAGAUACUCCAAGUCAUGCUACAUCCCAUAAGGAACCUGAUAACAACAAGAAGCAUCACAGGACAAAGGACAGCAUUAAGAAGCGGUCAGUGUCCACUAAAUAUCCUAGAGACUGCAGUGAGGUUGAGUUAUCUUACCUGAAGAACAAACAGAGUUCAACCCGUGAAAAAAUCUACACAAUCAAUACUGAUAAUGAGCCAAGUUUCCAUAGGGAUCAUCGUGUAUACAGGGAAAAUAUUGGCAUUCCAGAAGAUAUAGAUUUUCCAGACAUUUAUCAAGAUCAUAAUGACAACUACAGAAAAGCAGAGCCCACUAUGUAUGUGAAUAGGACUCCCAUUCACAAUGAAGAUAGUCUUCCAAAUGAUAAUAGAUAUAAACUUUAUUCUAAACCCUAUAAUGUAAAAGAGAAAAAUGUUUCUCCCCUUGAGGUCAAUGACAGGCACAGACAAAACUCCACACACUGCCGAAGUUGUCUGUCAGAGGUAUCCAAUUACACAGGGCACUAUGGUACAAGGUCUCCGUACAACAGGUGUGAAGCAUGCGUGCAUAUGGCAAAUCUGUAUGACAUUGAUGAAGACCAGAUGCUGCAGGAAACAAUCAAUGCUGUGCAACCAGAGGAGAUGUAUGGAUAUCAGUGGGCCCCGAGUGAUAUGGCUCAAGUACAAAAAAAAAGCCGACUGAAAAUUAGCAGGCAGCAUUCAUUUGAUAAUAUACUUGAAAAAAACAGGGAAGCAGAUCUAGCUAGACCUGCUCGUAGCAUAAGUCUAAAAGAUAAAGACAGAUAUCUUGAAGACAAUCCUUAUGCAAAUAUAUUCAAUAUCCAUCCUGACAAACUUCUGAGCUCCAAAGCUUCCCUUUUUAAUCAUCACCUUGAGGGGAGUAAUCGUAGUAAAUCAGUCUAUCCAGACCAUUCCUCUGAAAACCCUUUCUUACAUAAUUAUCGAGAAGAUCAACAACUGGUCCAUGGACACAGUUCCUCAGACAUUUAUAAACAGUCCACCCCUAAAGCAAGGAAUGAGAACUUGCGGUCAUCAAUAAAAUCCACAUCAUCAUACUGUUCCAGAGAUGGGCACAUUACUAAUGAUCUGUAUGUUUCAGAGCAUGUUAUGCCUUAUGUAGCAAAUAAGAAUAGUGCAUACUCUACUCCAAGAGUUUUAAAUUCCUGCAGCAAUAGACGUGUGUAUAAAAAAAUGCCUAGCAUUGAAUCAGAUGUUUAAAUCGUCAUUAUUCAUCCGUGGUCUAUAUAAAGUGACAUAGAUGCUACCAUCACAAGAGUAAGAAUGACAUUUCCCAAUCAGGUUCUUCAUAGUAUUGUAGUUAUUUGUUACAUUUAACAUAAAUAUUUUACUAGUUACCUCUACUUUAACGAGCAAUCCAUAAAAUGAUUCACAUGGAACAAUAAUGCAUAGAGCUCAUAAAACACAUGCAGCAUUAAAACAAUUUAUAAUAUUUGUAUUCAAUUGUUUUACUGAUGCUUAAAUGCAUGAUUUUUUUUUUAAUAGCUAUAGGAUAGCCAAAAAAAGAAACACUAUUAGAAUCUGCUACAGAAAAGAUGGUUCAAAUGUUUGCUGGCAACUAUGUUUUAAAUGAAAGCAUUUUAUAACAAAUGUUUAACAUACCACCCUUGAUUAAUGACCCUUAGUCCUUGUAUAUUAAGAAUCAUUUAGUCUACUGUUUACAUUGGAUUUGUUAAAUAGUUUCACAAUAUGCAAUGCAAGCAAUACAAUAUGCAUGUAUUUUUGGCAUCAGACAUUCAGAAUGUGUUUAAAAAGAAUGAAUUUCUGUAAGAAGAAUGGACCUCAGAUUCUGUUUUCUAAAUAUAAUUAUGCAGUUCACCUUGA